AUGGAUAAAUCAAAUUCAAAUUCAAAUAAUAACAAUAACAAUACACUUCAUACUAGUAAUAGUGGAAGGAAUCUCAAGACGAGGUCGAAUUUUCUCUCCAGACGAUCGACUAACAGACUCUCCGAAGCUCCCAGCUCCAACUCAAUCCUUCCCAUCAAUGGAAGUACUAGUAGUCUUAAUAAUGCUUCAGGGAAUCAAGCAGCAGCAAUAACAAAAACAACAGCAGGAGGAGGUGGUUACUUUAAUGUAAUUUCUGAUGAACUGUCUGGUGUGAAUUCACAACCUUCACAAACAGACAAUCAAGGAGCCAUCACUAGGAAACUAUUCAUGUUUGUUCAAUCACUCAAAUUGGAAAAACCAUUGCAUCCACUCAUGUGUCUCUCGAUACACAUGCUGAUUGCCUAUCAGACGCUUUCACUAGGAGUGGCCAUCGAUUAUAAUUGGGGUGAAUAUGGCAGAUACAUUUAUAACAUAUUACUCAUACCAAGAACAUUGGGAUUUCAAUACUUGCCCUAUGAAGGAUUUAUUGCAUUGGCAGUGAUUGUCUUUGUGAUGCAGUCAAUUUGCUUUCUGAUUAUUUACAUUACCUACCGAUCCAUCAUUCUGGGUAGCUCUUAUUGGAAAAAGAUCAGAACUGGAGGUAGAUUUGUCUUCUUCCUAAUGACCUUCCUCUCUCUGCCAAUAACCUAUGGUCUCAUGCAAGGUUUCUUUGAUUGUGAUUUUACUAGUAAGGUUUCUAUUGUUCAGGGAGCUCCACCUUCAUUUGCAUUGAGGAAUUUCAGAAAUGUGGAAUGCUGGGGCACGAUGAAUGGUAUAUUGGCUAGUAUCAGUUUACUGUUCUGUAUCAUUCAAAUUCUGAUCACUAUGAGCGCGGUCAUGAUAUUUUGUGAUACGAUGGUGGCGAGUAAGGCCAAAUUUGUUUUGGAGAAUCCAUUCGUGAUGAGCUAUCUGAUUGGAACGAAUCAAUUGUACUUGAUUGUGGCAGGAGUGACUCCUCAUAUAGUCAAUUUCCUGAGACCUGUCUAUUAUAUUGUUCUUUCUAUUGGAUUUAUUGUCUUGAUGUUUGUCGAUUUACCAUUCUUGAGGAGGAAAGCCAAUGCAGUUUAUGGUGGAAUUGGAUUUGCUCGAGUUGGAGUAGGAAUUGCCUCACUCGUGAGUACUCUCAUCAACGUGGAUGACAUGUGGGAAUUUGGAUUGGGAUUGACUUUUUCACCUCUUGUUUUGGGAAUCAUCUUUUUCGUGAUUGGAUUUCUGAUAUUGGAAUUCUAUUCCAAGUCUGUGAAGAGGAGGGGGUCGCAUCUCGCUAAGGCAAUUGUAAAUUGUGGAUCUGAUGUCCUGUUAACACAGAGAGAGUUGCCUUACUUGUCAACUUUUAUUAAAUUUUCAUUGAAAGGAUCGGAUGAGGAUAAGAAAUUAGCAAAUGAUGCCAUUAGAAUCGUUCACAAAUCAGAAGUCCAUGAUGCUCAGAGUUUAAUUCUCAUUUCCAUGUUCUACAAGGAAAUACCAAACUUCUUUCUUGCCUUAAUAGUGAUUAAGAAGGCAGAGAAAAAGAGAGCCAACAUUUUCAUUCAAUAUUCUCUCUAUAUUCGAACAAAAGAGUUGGAAAAGAAUUUAUCUGAAGGGAGAACUUCAUCUUCGGGAGCCUCUGAUAUCAUUAUGGAGGGAACGAAGCGUAGAAUCAAAAUGCUUAGAUUACUAAUUGUCCAAUUUUGGAAGAAUUUAUUGGCCUCUGUUGCUGUUGACACUAUUGUUCAACAAAUUCAAAGAUUAUCCAAUGAAUGCGACCUAGCUUUCCACAAUCUCCUUAUAGACAAUGAGGAAGAUCAUGCCAUUCAGAAAAUGUUCGCUCAAUAUCAGGAAGAAUUCAAAUUCAAACCAUCCUCACAACAUUCUUCAUCCAAUAACAACAACUCAGAUAAUGAAAGAUCAGAUAAAACACACGGAGAACUCAUCAUAACAAAGAGCUACACAAGUAGUAGCAGCAAUAACAACAACGGCAUGAGAGUCGACAUGUUCAGUGAGAAUGUCAAUGAUGAGGCCUUUGAUUCCAUCUCUGUAAGUGAACAACAACCAGAAGAGUUGAUGGAUCAAGCUGAUAAGCAACAAGAAGUUUUCAGCUCGGCACUUCAUAAGAAGGAUGAGAAUAGAACGACGUUUUAUUUUAUUGUGAGCUCUGGUUUGGUUUCGAUUGUGUUGAUUGCAAUUUUGUUAAUUGUUGGACUUUCAUUUACACAGAAUGAUAGUGUAUUCGAUAUUUUGUUGAAAUCUGCCAUGUUGAGUUCAAUUCCGACUUCUACACUUUGUGGAGUUUCGAAUGUGAAUGGAAAUAUUGGAGCAAUGUCAACUUUGAAUUAUAGCUCAUCUUUAGAGUAUAGAAAAUCAUUUCAGAACGUUCUGGAAAACGACCUUGCAAAGAUUGACUCGUUCGAAACUCUAUUCGAUUCCUUCUCAUUCAAUGAAUUGGUUUCCUUAUUGUAUACUAAACAAGACAAGACUCUCCUUCUUGAUAAUCAAGUUUACAAAAAUUCCUCAACUUCAUGGUUUGUGAAAAAGACGAAACGAGUUCUAUCUGAAACAAUUAUUUCCACAAACACAUCCAACUUGAAGAUCAGUCAAGAAUUAUUGAAUUUCAUUGAAAUGAAUCGAGUAGCAUUCUCAGAUGGAAUGUUAGAUUUCUUCCAAAAAACUCUUCAAUUCCAACAAGGCGAAUUAAGGAACUAUUCAUAUGCUUACAUUGCCUUAUCAUCAUUUAUUGGAUUAAUUUUCUUUCUAUAUUUGAUUUUCAAUGGUUUUUGUAGUUUUAAAUUCCUUCACCAGAGAAAACAAAUCCUAAACUUGUUUAAGAAAAUUCCAAAAGACGAAUCCAAGAAGGUCAUUAUUGGAAUGGAGAGAUUGAUUGAUAAGGAUGGUACGAAUGUAGACUCCACAAAGGAUAGUAUCUCAUCCAAUAGUUUUUUGGUAAUUGUUGUUUGUUUGUCCUUCAUUGUGGCCACAGCAACCAUGUCUUUGAUCGUUGCUGAUAUUUUCAGAAAAUUGAAAAUAUUGGAACAUGGACUUUACAAGUUGGAAUCUACAGCACAAUCAAUGCAUAUAUCUCAGAGUUUAAGAUAUGAUCUUCUUCAAGUAGCUUCAAUUGCAGAUUAUGAGAAGAGAGUUAAAUUUCAUGACAGAUUAUUGGCAGAUAUGAGUUUAUUUGACAGAAACUGGAAUAUGUUGAGAUAUGGUUCUCAAAUUGAUGAUUACUUUAGUUUGAGUGGAUUCAAUCCGAAUAUCGACAAUUUAUUAUUGACAUUGCCAACUAAUUGUUCUCAUUUUGAUUGUCAAUCUUUGGAUACCCAAAUAGGGCAGUUCAGAACUAGCAUUUUGAAUUUCAAUCAAUUACUAAUCUCAAACGAAACUAUCUCUCUAGAAAUGAAACAAAUCAAUGAAUUGGCAGAAUUUCUCUUUGAUCAUUCCAUAGUACUACUCACCAAUUUGGAAACCUUAAACAAACUCUGUUAUUACAACUUUUUCCAAGAACAACCAUUGAUGACAAUACUGUCAGCUGUCCUAGGUUGUCCAUUAUUGCUAUUUCUGACAUGGAUUACCUACACGUAUACCUCUACCAUUGAGAAUGAAAAUUAUGUUCUCAGAAAAUUGUUCAAUUACAUUCCAUGGGAAAUAUUGGAUACCAAUGACGAUAUUCGAAACUAUAUCUUCUUCCAUCUCUUAUCUAAUGGAAAGUCCAGAUCGAAAAACAAAUUCAAAACGACAAAAGAAAGAGCCAUUCUAGAAGCUGCCUUAACGAGUGCUGUCAUUUGCUCAUCAAGUGGCACAAUUGACAUUUUCAACAAUGCUUCUGAAAAGUUAUUUGGAUUCAGAGGAGAUCAAAUUAUUGGAUUUCCACUCCACAAAUUAUUUGACAAGGAAUCAGCUGCCAAUCUAGAACCAGUCAUUUCCAAAAUGGGAGUUUCUGCCACAAGCUAUUCUGAAACUCUUGAACUAAAUGGUUUAAGAAAGAAUUCUUCAUCAUUCCCAGUUGAAUUGAGAAUUUCAGUUUCGGCACUAGAAGGACGAAACAUCAUUUCAUGUUUCAUGCGUGAUAUUUCAGAACACAAAGUACAAGUUAAGGAACUAGCUGAGGAAAAGAAAAAAAGCGAAUCUCUCUUGAUGAAUAUCAUGCCAGAGAGUGUAGCUCAACGUCUGAUUGCAGGAGAAACUCUGAUUGCUGACAAGUUCGAUGAUGUAACCAUUUUGUUUAGUGAUAUUGUUGGAUUAUUGGAUUUGAAUUUAUCUGCUUUUGAUUUGGUUCAAACUUUGAAUGAAAUUAUUCAUGAAUUUGAUGACUUGACCAUCAAUUUCAAUUUGGAAAAGAUAAAGACAAUUGGAUCCAAGUAUUUCUGUACUGCUGGAUUGAAACCUGAUGGUAUGAAUGAAGCUCAUCAUGUGGAAAGAACUUUCACAUUUGCUGUCAAGUUGUCAGAAGUAGUUCAAUUGUUUUGUGAGGAUCAUGGAUUGAAUAUUGGAAUAAGAGUUGGCAUUAACUCUGGACCAAUAGUUGCAGGAGUUUGUGGAGUAUUGAAAUAUGCCUACGAUGUCUGGUCUGAUGCUGUGAAUACUGCUUCAAGAAUGGAAAGUACAUGCCCUGCAGGAUUCAUUCAAGUAACCGAAACAUGCUAUCAACGACUCAAAGAUAAACACGAAUUCCAAGAACGAUAUGUCGAAGUGAAAGGAAAAGGUCAAAUGAAAACAUACAUUCACGAACCAAAUAAGGAAGAUGAUUUAAGGGAGGGAACUUUGGAGGUUUUUAGAGGAGGAGAUUCUGCAUUGAGAAUGAGUUUAGAUAAUUUGAGAAUGUCUUCAAGUGCUCAACAUGUGGAAAAACAAGCUAUCAUUUCUCUCCAUUAG